AGGGACGCUCUGCUCUUUUUCAAAAAAACUCAAACCGAGAAAGUUGCGUUGAUGUUGACGUUGAAAGACAGAGGGACAUUCAGACUGGUGCUAUAGUUGAUUGAGUUUGGGGGACGAUGGAGUGGAAUUAGGUGGAUCUUCAACCUGAAGAAAGAGAGCUUAAAAACAAAGUGAGCAUUCCUCGUCUUCCUUCAACCCAAAGAUGGCUUCCGACGCUGCCGGACAGGCGGGCCUGGCCCGGCUGACGCACCUGUUUGAGAGUACCUUGACCGAAGACGACCCGCACGGCGUGAACUCGUUUGCGCACUAUGAAACGCUUCUGGAGUCGCAGGGCGAUGUGGAUAUCGCCGCGGGCUUUGUGCUCAUGGCCAUGGCACUGCAGGAGAAGCCGCAUCUGCACGACAAGGCGAUUCUGGCGUACCGGCGGGUUCUCCUGCUCAUCGAAGAUAAGUUGCAAAGCGAGCGGCAGCCCUCAAAAAUCCGCAAGAAAAAGUGGGAGAAGUGCAGCGUGUAUCAACAGAUCGCCAAGUUGAAUCUGUUGAAGAAGAAUUUCCCCGAGGCCGAGCGUCUUCUGCUCGACUUGCUUGACUACAUUCCGGACGAGGAACCGGAUAACAACGGGCGGAUUUUCGACGGAGAAAAGGGUGACAAUGCGCAAGGCUUCAAUUUUGGAUACACGAAGACCGAGUUCCGCGCGCACGUGCACAAAAUGCUCUGCAACUGCUACCACAACACGAACGAGACAGAGAAAUGCAAGCUGCACUACCAAUUGAGCAUAAAUCUACUCACGGACGGAGGACAGAAGGUGUUUGCGUCUUCGUUUUUGUUGUGUAUGUGUUUGAGUUUGUAGUGCAGCUGCUAGCCUGCCUAGUAGAAAACAAAAAUCGCUUCCCAUUCAUUUCGCGUCACUCAUUUCAUUAUCUUGAUCUUGAGUUCUUGAUCAUGGCAACUAACUACCUUCGUCUGCAAAACACAGCUUACGUCGGCCGUUCCGCGGGACAUCCAGUCAAAGAUUGCGGAGCAGAAAAAGGAAAAGUACACCUGGGACAAGAUGGAUGACGUGAAGAUCGCCCCGCUGGACGCGACCAGCUACUCCUGGGACUCGAGUGCCAAUAACGGCACGGUGUCGGUGUAUGUGAAGCUACCGCCCGAGAUCACGAGCGGGGAGCAGGUCAAGGUGUCCUACCCGGGCGAGAGUUCCGACUGCGUCUUCCUGCGGAUGCGGGUCGAUGAUAACAAAAAGGAGUACCGGCUGGUGCUGUCGCCGUUGCGGCACGCGAUCAACACGGAGGACACGGUGGCAAAGAUGGUCUCGAAGAAAUCCGGGAAGAAGUACUCACUCCUCCUUUUCAUCAAGGAAAAAGACUACAAGCGCUGGGGCGAAAACCUCCUGCAAGAUGGGCCGAACAAGUACGCAUUUUUGAUUCUUUACGCAAUGCUCUCCUCGUAUGUGCCGGCUAAGCUGCUAGGACUUCUUCUUGUGCUUUAGUAAUCUUGCUCAUUUAAUAAAAACAAUAGUUCUGAAGAGUCGAUGGAAUCCUACUUGUUUCAUAGAGCGUACCACAAGAAACACAUGGAUUCAUCUACAGUUGUUACUUUUGUUUGUCAUUUAGGUUCAAGCACCUGCUGCAAGCAGAGUCCAAGGACAAGAAACCCCUGCCGACACUGGAAGAGUUCGACGAGCGCGUCAAGAGUCUACCCACGCCCCAGGAAAACAAUUUUGCCGCUACGCAGAAACUUAAAACAGCUGCGGACGUCGUGGACGAGACAAAGAUAAACAAGCCGAGCAUAGGUGCGACUAACGGAUCGAAAGCAAAAGCGGAAAAAAAAUCCGCGCCUGUCGCGAGUGCUUCUACAGUUGCCUCUUCCGUGCCGGUCUCAGUGGCAGUUGAGAAAAAGGUAGCGGAAGAAGUAGAAACAAAGAACGAAGCGAACCCCGUUGUGGUCGUGACACCGCCACCAGCGCCCGGCGUGACGAUAAUCGACGCGAAGGCCCUUUCAUCAGCGGGGGCAAUAAGCCCGGAGCCACCAGCCUGGGCAUCCGGCCUGCAAUUUUCGGAAGGCAAGAGUUUACUGUUCAGCGGAGUCGGCCCGGAGAUCGAAUUAGACAUGGAGAUUUCGGAGACUUCGGUACGAAUAACAGCAAGCGGAUUCGAGCCCGUGGAAUUCAAGCUCGCAGAAGGCGCGGGCAGGAAAAUUGACGCCGGAUGCUCAGCAGCCAAAAGAAAAAAGAAGAAGGAAACAUUCGAAAUCAUCUUUGCGUACGUGUGAAACACGAUGUCGUGGGCGCCGUCUCUUUGUAGAGAUUUUGCUUUGCUUGCCCAUUUUCACAGCGAACGGGACACCACUUGCCGUGCAACUCGAGGAGUCAUGAGCAGUUUUUGAAGUAGCGCAACCACUAGAGCCAGAGUUGAGUUCUUGAAAGAAUAGCUGCGCGGUUUGGCGGCAAGGUCUUUCGUUUCUUUGCCGCAU